GGGAGUCUGUGGUGGCAGGAGCGGAUGUAGGGUGGGGCUGGUGGUCCCUCUCCUCUGGAGAGCACCGGCCUGAUCAUUCCUGGUCUCCCUCAACCCUCAGAAGUCUAGGUGAAUGGAAGGCAUCGGUCUGCUCCCUGCAGCCCAGAGUUGCUCCCACACACCUGGUCCCAAAACAGGGCUGAUGAUUGUGCCCAUAGGAGCUUCCUGGACAUUGAGGACCUGUGGAUGAGCAGCCAGUAUGACUUGACCUGAGGUCUGGCACCUGUCAGGCCAGGGGACUGUGCCCUCUUCAUCUUCCAUACUGUCCUCCGCCUUCCUGGGGAGUUCCCCGUCCUUCUUUGCCUUUUUGGCCCCAAGGCAAUUGUGUGGUCGGAGGGUGUGUGUGUGUGUGUGAGUGUGUGUGUGUGCGUGUGUGUACACGUGCAUGUGUAAAUCAUCUAGAUGGGGAGGAGUGUCAGUGGUGGUGGUCUUGGGUUGAGAGCAGCCAAGCUAAAAGAGGAGGAACCAGCUUUCCGGAUCAAGGUUCUAGAAAGUCCCUACACCCGAAUUCUGCUAGUUCUGGGACUUUUCAGCAGAGGGCUGUGGGAGGGGCUUCCUGAUGGAGGAACAAGUGUAACCAGACUCCUGACUUCCCUAGAAAGGGUGGCUCCCUUCUCAACUGAAAACUCAGGAUAAUUAUUUCUUUCUAAGGCGCUGAGGAUUAAAUGAGAUGACCUAUAUUAAACAUGUGUGUUUGAUGGAUGUUUUCUCUUCUGUUAAUUAACCCCCUUUGAAAGGGAGGAGAAAGCAAUCUUUAUCUGGAUUUCUUGGACCUCAGCCCCAAAGUCCAGUAACUUCUUUUGAGUUUGUGAGUUUUGCUGUGCUCUUGGCUCUCCUGAUAAAGCAGGAAGAAAUGGGCCGAAAAUGCAACUCAAAGAAUUUAGGGAAAGAAAUCAUUUCCCGAGGUUCUGGAAUGAUCAGUUAAAAAAAAAUUGAGGGUCUCUAGGUCUUUUGCAAACAGGAGGCAUUCCCCAUUCGUGGGAUGUUUGGUGUGCACUGCAUCCAGAAGGCCAGAGCAUAGACAUGAAUCCCUCAUAAUUCCCACUCCCAACAGAUUCUGUUGGUAGUCCCUAAAUAGUCCCUGAAUCACUCUGUGCCUCAGUUUCCCCAUCUGUAUCAGAGAUGCUUGUUCCUCGGACAGGAGGUGAGGAUUGUGUUGAGUAGUCUGCGCAGGUUGUGAGUAAGGUGUGGCGACAGAUCCAAGUGUUCCAGGUCAUUGUUCCCACAGUUACAGUAUUUGUAACAUCCUUAUUUAUCGUGGUUAGCAUUCUCCCCAGGAGUCACGGCUGGGCCACUGAGUACUGGCUUUUACUAGUCCCCAGAAGCCAGGUCUGGAGCUGUUAAGGGCAAGCAGUCGUCUCCCAUAUUUCAGCACCCCACUUUCUUCCAGAGGGCUACUAACUCUUUACAGGAGUGGCAGACCCUGGCACCAAACCUUUUUGCCUCCUGGCAAAAGUCUUUUUCUUUUAUCAUGUGCAUUUACACAUUCAAGGGUUUGUGUGAGAAUCCUAGGCGAUUCCUUAUUGCUAUCCUUUCUCUCUUCCCCAUCCUCCAGACACCAAUCUGUACCCUAGAGCCCCAGGGGCCUGCUGCUCUGCUUUUAGCCUGGCAGAACGGUUGACCUGGUCCAACAGGCAUAAAAGACUGAGCAAGAGUGGGAGUGGGGUGGAGAUCAGACAGGUGAUUUCCACUGCCACUGAGUGCCCCUCAGGCUGCGGAUGCAACCAGUCCCUUACAGUACACCAGGGAGAAUGUCCUGAGUCCUUCCCAUCUGGGAGGAGGGAUUCUACACUGGAGCCCUGGAACAGAUCCCAUGAGACAAUAGGUCCCAGGAGCCCCUUAGGAUGUAUCGCAGCGGGUGAGAGAUGCACCACUGUAGAUCGUCCUGAAAUAUUAGGAACUCUCCUGCUCAGAGAUGAAAUUUGCUCUCUAUUUCGCCACCAGGAGAGGAGGCUUUUAUGUUUGUAUUGAUAUCCAGGAAUUCCUCUUGCUAGAACAAAUUUCUCCACUUAGAUAAUGAUUGGGCCAGGUCUAUUGAUCUUAAUCAGGGGAGGCAGUGACAUGCUCUCUGUGGGGAGUGUUUGGUCCCGCGCUCUUGCUUGUAACCUUGAAGUCCUGGAAGUUCCACAGCGGAGCAGGUGGCCUUGCAGGGGUCAUCUGCAGCUGUUGACCAAGUUAAGAAGAGAGAGGUCAGGAAUCGGUUAUGAAGACAGAAGAUCCCAGUCCUGGGGCCGGUGAAGUCCAGCGCUCACAGUUUGAUGCUAUCAGGCACUCUUCAUUGUCCGGAGGUUGUAAGGAAACUCGUUUCACAAUCUGCAGCCCAGAAUUGAAAGUCCUUAGCCCAGAAGCAGCUGGGCUUUGGAGGUGUUUGCCUAUGACCUUUUCUCUCACCACACCCUGGGGCUCUUGGGAGGAGCUGAGGUCUGAGCUGCAGUGCCAGGAUGCUGUCUCUGUCAGUGCGGGCGUUCUGCUGCCUUCCUGGGUCCUGUCACAACCUUCUUGCUCAACCACCGGGUGCGCAGGAUGGAAACUGCUCUCCCCGAUCUGGAAGACAGUGCGUGGCUUGGCUUCUUAGAGUUGUGGCUGGAGACUGAAACAGCCGCCCCUUUACCGGGCUUUCUGUAACCAGACCGUGUUGGGGGACAGGGAAGCUCUCCAUGCCCUACAGGCCCAAGAAGAUGGAAAGACGAGUGGUAGGCAGGAUACUCAGGCGCCUCCCCAACUGGCUGCUGCGAGGACGCCGAGCAGUGCCUCUCCGGGACAGUUCGGGGGAAGCUGUAAAGGAACCAGAAAGAGCCCAGGAGCACUAUCUGCCCAGCUUUGCUGGAGGGCAGCAUUUCUUUGAGUACCUCCUUGUGGUUUCCCUCAAAAAAAAGCAUUCAGGGGAGGACUAUGAGCCCACGAUCACCUACCAGUUUCCUAAGAGGGAGAACUUGCUUCGGGGCCAACAGGAGGAGGAGGAGCGGCUGCUCGGAGCCAUCCCCUUGUUUUGCUUCCCAGAUGGGAAUGAGUGGGCUCCACUCACUGAGUAUCCCAGGGAGACCUUCUCCUUCGUUCUGACCAAUGUGGAUGGAAGCAGGAAGAUCGGAUACUGCAGGCGUCUCUUGCCCGCCGGCCGUGGCCCUCGCCUCCCCAGGGUGUACUGCAUCGUCAGCUGCAUUGGCUGCUUCGGCCUGUUCUCCAAGAUCCUGGAUGAAGUGGAGAAGAGGCAUCAGAUCUCCCUGGCAGUCAUUUACCCAUUCAUGCAGGGCCUCCGAGAGGCAGCCUUCCCUGCUCCUGGGAAGACCGUCACCCUCAAAAGCUUCAUCCCCGACUCAGGCACUGAGUUCAUCUCAUUGACGCGGCCCCUAGACUCCCAUCUAGAACAUGUGGAUUUUAGUUCUCUGUUGCGUUGUCUCGGUUAUGAGAAGAUUGUUCAGAUCUUUGCCUCUGCUGUGCUGGAGAGAAGAAUCAUCUUCCUGGCGGAAGGUCUCAGCACCCUGUCUCAGUGCAUCCACGCUGCUGCCGCGCUGCUCUACCCCUUCAGCUGGGCACACACCUACAUCCCUGUUGUCCCCGAGAGCCUUCUGGCCACUGUCUGCUGCCCCACUCCCUUCAUGGUUGGAGUACAAAUGCGCUUUCAGCAGGAGGUUAUGGAGAGCCCCAUGGAAGAGGUCCUGUUGGUGAAUCUCUGUGAAGGAACCUUCUUAAUGUCAGUUGGUGACGAAAAAGACAUCCUACCACCCAAGCUUCAGGAUGACCUGUUAGACUCUCUGGGUCGGGAGAUCAAGGAGUCACAGACUCCGGAACAAAUCAACGAGCACGUUUCAGGCCCUUUUGUGCAGUUCUUCGUCAAAACUGUGGGCCACUAUGCCUCCUACAUCAAGCGGGAGGCAAACGGGCAAGGCCACUUCCAAGAACGGGCCUUCUAUAAGGCUCUGACCUCCAAGGCCAACCGCCGAUUUGUGAAGAAGUUUGUGAAGACACAGCUCUUCUCCCUUUUCAUCCAGGAAGCUGAGAAGAGCAAGCAACCUCCUGCAGGCUAUUUCCAACAGAAAAUACUUGAAUAUGAGGAACAGAAGAAACAGAGGAAAUCAAAGGAAAAGACUGUGAAAUAAGAGCUGUAGUGAACAGGCGUGACUAGACCGACAAGCCAGUUUUGGACUUUGGCCCCUGCCAGCACGGCAGGAUCAGCGAAGCCCUCAGUCCCCAGAAUCCACAGCCUUCUUCCGAGUCCUGGUAACCAGGUCUUGCUUCAAGUUGGUGUCUUGAAUUUGGGAUCUCUGGAAUCAGCUAUCUCAGGACUUUGGAAGGCUCUGACUUCUGUGCUCAUGGAGCUGGGCACAAAGCUGCCUUUUCUGCAGAGGUGACACAGGGCAGCAGACAGUUGUACCGAGUGUUGUAGAAUCUUCGAUGUUGCUGUCACUGCCCCCUCCCACUAUUACAAAAUCCUCAAAAGAGGGACCAGUUAUGGCCCAAAGGCCACGUAGAAAAAGAGGUCUGUGGACAUGUGAGGAUAAGAAUAAAGAUGACAACCUUCUUGUCCUA